CCAGAGGUACCCUAUGAGCUCCGACAGAACGUUGACCGUAAUGUUGCGACGACCUGGAUCGAUAGAGACAACACCGGGAAUUAUGACCCCGAGGAAGAGGUCAAGAAAGAGAAGCUUCGCAAGGCGAGGGCCAAGACGAAAAAGCAAGGCAAACACCCAGCGCCAAAGCAGCCGAAAGAGAAGGUCCAGAAGCUUAUUGUCCGACUCCGAGUCGAAAGCUUCGGCAAUGUCCUCAAUAUUACAGACAAUGAGGAUAACUGGCCGAGUGGCUGGUCUGAAGUUGACCCUGAGGAGGAGAUGGAGAGGCAGUCGCGACGUGCCUUUCACCGCCAGAACACCCCGGGCUUGCAAACUCAGACGCCAAUUCCGGAUCCAAAGACGGACAGUAGCACGGACGGUCUGGCUGGACACCCCACCGCUCGUGGCUGUGAGGAUUGUGAUGCUGGUCCAACCCCAAACCACGAGCCCAAACGUACCCAUCUCAACACCAUCCUGUACAGCGUUGAACGGAAGCACAUAGAGUGCACCUUGUGCCGAAAAGAAGGGAGGCGAUGUUCUCUUAAAACAAAGUCCGACAGGCCACCUUGCAAAGCCUGCCAACGCUUGAAGAUUAGCUGCACAUUCCAUGAUACGAGGUAUGAACCAGCGAAGGAAAGCCAGAGGAAGAAAAGUUCUACGAAGUUUAGCAGAUCCACAAAGGGGAAUUUUGAGAAGCCUGCAAACGCUUACACUCACCUGUUCACGGAGGCAGAUCUGGCUGAUUUAGAGGAGAUGGAUCAUGUGGAACUGGAACGGGAGGACACACCUGAACUUUUUAUGGAGGAUUCUGAAGGGCAUCACGGCGUAGUGACAACCCUCCUGACUUCCUACGCUCACCCGAUCGUCUUUAACGCUGUUUCUGCCUCAGCCUUGGAUUGCAGUUGGUGCCACAUGCCAACUUUUGGCCUUUUUGGUCUUUGGGAGCGAAAAGUUCACGUGCUGCGAUGGAAUAACGGCCUCGGCUACACAGAGCUGCAAGGCGGACAUCGAGAAAGCAAUGAUAAAAGUAUCAUGUGCCAAGCGUGCACGUUGUCUCGAAUCCAAAUAGUCCUCUGUCUAGGUCAUCAAGUGACACAGAGUCCCAGCAAGGAUCCCGAUGACGAUUUCGCCGUAGUGGUCGAUCACCUUCUCUCCGCGGAGCCUCGAUCUGAAGAGCUGAAAUAUCAACACCAGCGCUGGUGCACCAUGUGCUUUGCGGUAGCGACGUUCAAGUGUUGCACACCUCAGCCCCCAAUCUGCGACAGCGCGGAAGAUGAUGGAAUGAUAUUUGGCUGCGGUCUUCGUUUCUGCGAUUGCUGUGAGAGGAGGUACCGGGAAGAAUUCAAAGGAGACGUUGAUGAGAUGGCGACUGCCCUUGAAAAAGAGCCGAAGGCGAGGGAGACAACAGAGGAUACAUGCGGAACGGUGGCGAGAGCGGAUGUGGGAUUCUUGAGGCAGGAUGGCUUACUCAUGGCCAACGUCGUCAAAGAGGCUGAA